GAUGAUCAGUUUCAUUUCCCUGCUGAGGAUCGUCUUUAUGCAGAUUGUUUGUGAAAUGAAAAGAUGAAAGACAACUGACCGAAGAACAAGAAAUAAAUAUCCAUGGACUUCUGAGAACUUCUGAGGACGUAAAUAAAUCUAAAAGCACGUGAACUACCUGCUUUUCUGGAAACAAUCUGGAACAGGAAUCACGAUGCCUGGAUCUGUGAAGCUGCGCAGCAUUAAGAGGUUCGGACAGGAGAACGAUGCCUAUGAGUUUUCUAAUGAAGAGCGAGACGCAGGAUACAUGACAAUGGGAUCAUCCAAAAAACAUAAAAAGUUUAAACCUGGUCAGAAGAAGGAAGAAGCCGCCAUCCGUGUUGGAUUUUUUCAACUGUUCCGCUUUGCCACCGUCCGGGAAAACUUGAUGAUGAUUGCUGGGAGUUUGUGUGCUGUACUGCACGGCUCUGCACAGCCACUCAUGCUGCUCGUCUUUGGGUUGCUGACUGACACGUUUAUUGACUAUGACAUCGAGCUGAAUGAGCUGCGAGAUCCAAACAAACAUUGCCUCAAUAACACCAUUCAGUGGAGGAACCUCUCAGCCGAGGAAAACGCCGAGCUCAAUAUGACCAGAACCUGCGGGCUUUUAGAUAUAGAGUAUGAGAUGACUAACUUUGCUUACUACUACGUGGGUAUCGGAUGUGCUGUCUUCCUGCUCGGAUACGUACAAAUCUCUCUGUGGGUGUCCAGCGCUGCUCGACAGAUCCAGAUCAUCCGAAAGCUCUACUUCAGCAGGGUCAUGAGGAUGGAGAUCGGCUGGUUCGACUGCAACUCUGCAGGAGAACUUAACACACGCAUGUCUGAUGAUAUCAAUAAAAUAAACGAUGCCAUAGCGGAUCAGGUGGGGAUCUUCAUCCAACGCUUUACCACCUUCGUCUGUGGAUUCCUCAUGGGCUUUGUGAAGGGCUGGAAGUUGACGCUGGUUAUCAUCUCGGUGUCUCCACUGAUUGGAGUGGGAGCUGGUCUUAUGGCUUUGUUUGUGGCUAAGCUAACCGGAUUGGAGCUGCAGGCGUAUGCUAAAGCAGGUGCCGUGGCAGACGAGGUCCUGUCCUCCAUCCGCACCGUGGCAGCCUUUGGUGGAGAGAAGAAAGAAGUGGAAAGAUAUGAUCGUAAUCUGGUCUCUGCUCAGCGCUGGGGCAUCAGGAAAGGUCUGAUCAUGGGAUUCUUCACCGGCUACAUGUGGUUUAUUAUAUUCCUCUGUUACGCUCUGGCAUUUUGGUACGGCUCCAGUUUAGUGGUGGAUACAGGAGAGUACAGUCCUGGAACCCUACUUCAGGUAUUUUUCGGCGUGCUUAUUGCUGCACUGAACCUGGGACAAGCUUCACCCUGCCUGGAGGCCUUCGCUGCAGGCCGAGGAGCUGCUACCAUCAUCUUUGAGACCAUUGACCGUGAGCCAGAGAUCGACUGCCUGUCUGAGGCCGGCUACAAGCUGGACAAGGUGAAAGGAGAUCUGGAAUUUCAUAACGUGACCUUCAACUAUCCAUCUAGACCAGACGUGAAGAUCCUGGAUCAGAUGAAUCUUCAGGUGAAGUCUGGGGAGACCACAGCUUUUGUGGGGCCAAGUGGUGCAGGAAAAAGCACAGCUGUACAGCUGAUUCAACGCUUUUACGACCCUAAAGAAGGCAUGGUUACUCUGGAUGGCCAUGACAUCCGUGGCCUGAAUAUCCAGUGGCUCCGAUCGCUCAUCGGCAUCGUGGAGCAGGAGCCGGUUUUAUUCGCCACGACCAUCGCCGAGAACAUUCGCUACGGCCGACCCGGUGUAUCUGACAGUGACAUCAUCAAAGCCACCAAAGAUGCAAACGCCUACAACUUUAUAAUGGACUUUCCGCAGAAAUUUGACACGUUGGUUGGUGAGGGCGGUGGACAGAUGAGUGGUGGCCAGAAGCAGCGAAUUGCUAUCGCUCGAGCCCUGGUGCGAAAUCCCAGAAUCCUUCUGCUGGACAUGGCAACAUCUGCACUCGACAAUGAGAGUGAAGCUGUUGUACAGGAAGCACUGGACAAAGUCCAAAUGGGUCGUACCACCAUAUCCAUCGCCCAUCGUUUGUCGACAAUAAAGAACGCCGACGUGAUUGUGGGAUUCGAACACGGCCGAGCUGUAGAGAGAGGGAAACAUGACGAGCUGAUGAACAGGAAGGGUGUUUACUUCACUCUGGUCACGCUACAGAGUCAAGGAGACAAAGCUCUCAGUCAGAAAUCCCAACAAAUGAAACAGGAGUCUGCUGAAGAUCCUGAAGCCCAGAGGAUCGGUCUGUCUCGUGCAGGAAGUUAUCGAGAAAGCCUGAGGGCCUCCAUUCGUCGUGGGACUAAAUCACGUUUGUCCAACGUUAUUCCGGAGUCCUCAGUACCACUCGCUGGAGAACUCGGCCCCCAGUCUUACUCUGAAUCCUACGUUUCCCAGGAAGUCAGUAAAAAGGGAACCAUUCCUGAAGAUGACGAUGAGGAAGUCGAACCUGCUCCCGUGGCUCGAAUUCUGAAGUACAACGCUCCAGAAUGGCCUUACAUGGUGUUUGGGUCUAUCGGAGCAGCUAUAAAUGGAGGAGUCAAUCCCAUGUACGCUCUGCUUUUCAGUCAGAUCCUGGCGACCUUCUCGAUGACGGACCCUGUUGCCCAGAGGAGAGAGAUUAAUGGAAUCUGUUUGUUCUUUGUGUUAGUCGGUGCGAUCUCCUUUAUAACGCAAAUGCUGCAGGGUUAUGCUUUUUCCAAAUCUGGCGAGUUGCUGACCAGCAGACUGAGGCGUCUGGGUUUCCGCUGCAUAUUAGGUCAGGAGAUUGGCUGGUUUGAUGACCACAGGAAUAGCCCAGGUGCUUUGACCACUCGACUAGCCACAGAUGCUUCACAAGUCCAAGGAGCCACUGGCUCACAGAUUGGGAUGAUUGUGAACUCUCUUACCAACAUCGGUGUGGCCAUCAUUAUUUCUUUCUACUUCAGCUGGAAGCUCAGUUUGGUCAUUAUGUGCUUUCUUCCUUUCCUUGCACUUUCUGGAGGCUUCCAGGCCAAGAUGCUCACUGGCUUCGCCAAGCAGGACAAGCAAGCCAUGGAAGCAGCUGGGCAGAUUUCAGGUGAGGCGCUGAACAACAUCCGUACCAUCGCUGGUUUGGGGAAAGAGAGCAGAUUUGUGGAGAUGUACGAAGCUCAGCUCGAGGCACCGUACCAGGCUGCACUGAAGAAAGCUAACGUUUACGGCGCAUGCUACGGAUUUUCCCAGUGUGUCGUCUUCAUGGCGAACUCAGCAUCUUAUCGUUUUGGAGGCUACUUGGUGCAUCACGAGGACCUUCACUUUAGUAUUGUUUUUAGGGUCAUCUCUGCUAUCGUGACCAGUGGAACAGCUCUGGGUCGAGCCUCCUCAUACACACCUGACUACGCCAAGGCGAAGAUUUCUGCAGCUCGCUUCUUCCAGCUGCUUGACCGUGUCCCUAAAAUCAGCGUCUACAGCGACAAAGGCGACAAAUGGUCUGAUUUCAGAGGAGAGAUUGAGUUUAUAGAUUGUAAGUUCACAUACCCGACCCGGCCGGAUAUCCAGGUAUUGAAUGGCCUUACUGUGAGCGUGAAACCUGGUCAGACUCUGGCUUUUGUGGGCAGCAGUGGCUGUGGCAAGAGCACAAGCGUCCAGCUGCUCGAGAGGUUUUACGACCCGGAUUUAGGACGAGUGCUAAUCGAUGGACACGACUCCACUUAUAUCAACGUUCCGUUCCUGCGCUCGAAGAUCGGCAUCGUCUCCCAAGAGCCGAUUCUGUUUGACUGCAGCAUCGCAGAGAACAUUCGCUACGGAGAUAACCAGAGGGAGCUCAGCAUGGAUGAAGUCAUUUCUGCAGCUAAGAAGGCCCAGCUCCAUGACUUUGUCAUGUCACUUCCUGAAAAAUAUGACACUAACGUGGGCUCCCAAGGCUCCCAGCUGUCACGUGGUCAGAAGCAGCGCAUCGCCAUCGCCAGGGCCAUCGUCCGAGACCCCAAAAUCCUCCUGCUGGAUGAGGCCACAUCGGCCCUGGACACAGAGAGUGAGAAGACGGUACAGGAGGCUUUGGAUAAAGCGAGGGAGGGUCGCACCUGCAUCGUCAUCGCCCACCGUCUCUCCACCAUCCAGAACUCCAACAUCAUAGCGGUGAUGUCACGAGGGAUCCUGAUCGAGAAGGGCACACACGAUCAGCUCAUGGCCUUAAACGGAGCUUAUUACAAUCUGGUCACCACCGGAGCUCCGAUCAGUUAGCUGCUUAGCGCGGAGCCACGACGCAUACGAUUACGCUAAAGGUGUUUUAUUAAAAUACGUUUAUUUAUAGUAAUGACACGGAGGAAAUAUCACUUUAUGAUCUGUAUUUUGUUUUUAUUUAAUUAAAAUUUUUUGAAAAAGAUUUAAAAGAAAUUCACAUCGACCUUGAAAUGGAAGUGGAAUUGAAUUAUGCGUUGUUGACUUAUUGUUUACCUGGUGUUCGGUUUGUACAGAAUUAAAGCAUUGUAACUUUUAUUUGAUUAAAAUGGACUUUUAAUACCUAAAAAUAGGGGUAUGUGUAAAAGUUUGUGAAACUCUGACCAUUUCUUUUUGGAAAUUGUGCCUCCAUAUGCUCUUGAGCUCCACUCUUCUGGGCAGAUGUUCCACUAGAUUUUUGUGCAGAUUUAUUAAUCCACAUGGGUGGAUGUAGGUGAGGUGGUGAAGAGGUCUGGGGGUGGAGUAAACGUUCACAUUCAUCCCAAAGGAGUUCAAACGGGUUUCUAACUGUAUAGCAGGAGAUUUACAUUUACAGCAUUUAUUUCAUAGGAGAAAUAAAAAAAAAAUACAAUAAUAAUGAUCAUAAAAUAAGUAAAUAAACAUCACAGAAUACAUCACAACAUCUGUCGGCCUGUCGAAUAGUUUGUGUUUCAUGAAACUUCAUUUGGCCAUCAUUUGAAGACAUCUAGGGGAAGUUCAUUCCAACACCUGGGUGCCAGAACAGAGAGGAGCCUGAAUGGAGACCUUUCUCUUACCCCUAAGAGAUGGUGGGACCAGUCAAGCAGUGCCAGAUGAACAUCUUCCACUCCAACCCAUGGAGAGCAGAUCUUCAUGGAGCUGGAACAGGUUUUGGGUCUCGUAGUUCAAAUGAAGAGAAAAUUUCAUACUACUGCUUUUUUGCUUAGAAAUUCCUCCACACUGUCAUUUCACUGCCCAGGGUUGAGUCUUAUUUAUUAAUACACACCAGAAAGUGUGUGAGUGCAGAAUAGAAGGUCUGUAAGAUGCACCUUGUGAAUUCAGGUCAUGGAAAUGCAUGAUAUUUUUCCAUCAUUGCGAGAAAAGAUCAAGCGCAGACACACGGAGGCAAAACAAUGCUGUCGAUUUGAAGAUAAAAGGCAUUUAUUCGUAAAUCAAAUAAAUUCAAUGGCACCAAAUGAUCAUGUGAUUUUAUUUGACAAGUGAAAAAUGUUUGUAGUAAUAAUAAUACGGGGAAGAGGAUGAAGAGUGGGAAGAACAGGAGGAUUUAGAAAAGGAUAUACUGUAGAAGGAUGUGAGGAUGAGGAAGAGACAGAUGAUUAAGAAGAAGACGAAGAAUGACUGACAUGGACGAAGAGAGAAAACGAAACGGGAAGAUUAAACGGAUGAGAAAAAGAGGUAGCUGAACGAGACGGCAAAGGGAGGAGAAAGAAAAAGAACAAAAAGACAUGGAAGAAGAUCAUGAUGAAGAGAACGAGAAGAAAGAAGUGGUACAGAAAGAAAAAAAUAGGCAGUUGAUAAUGAAGAAGGAAUGGAAGAAGAGUGACGACGAAGAGGAAAAAGAAGAGGAAGAAGGGAUAAAGAGGAUAGAAUCCAGAAGUUUGGUAGAGUCUGAUCUCCAUUGGAUUUAUGUAGAAGAACUUGUAUUUCUACUCGGCAGUUCAAAAUGUUCCUCCUGUCGGAUCAGCUUGUCUAUGUUUCUACCUGCUACCUCGAAAAAGGUUUCGGUUGCUCUAAUAUUCUGGGCUGCCAGAAUCCGGGACAAAAUCGCACUUAUGAUGCCCUGUGACUGGCAGGAUAUGUGGGCCACACGGUGCCGGACCUUUCUGUUCGGUUCCGUGAUUAAAAACCCAGCCUUUAUUGGAGGUUCCUGAGUCGGAGCUCGCUCCUUCACAUUCUGGCGUAAAUACGAGGCGUACAUCUGUACAAGUCGCCCCAGUCCGGUUCUGUAGGAGAGGCGGAGAGAUUCGGCGGAUCCUCUGGGAACCGAGAACAACCGGAUCCCGUGGAUCCUCAUGUGCAGGUGAACAGCUGCUCCGUUGAUCCAGAGCUUCAGUGCAGCGGUGCUGAUACGCUUCUCCACAGCCAUGCUCUCGUACAGUUUUAUUAAUGCGAGCUUCAGCUUCUGGUCGUAGACAUCAGUUAUCUCUGCCAUCAGGUCAGAGUUAUUCACCAUCCAAGGAACACGUCUCAGAUAAUCCCUGGUGAUCCUGGAGACCUCCGAAGAGUUAUCAGGGCCGAAGAUCCUCCUGUACGGAUCCAUCAACUCGGUCUCGGUUUGUCCAAGAACACCAGCAACAAGAGUAUCCAAGAGAAAAGACAUAGCCAGAGCCACAACUCCAACACCUCCAUAAGACACCUUGGUCUUCUUGCUGAAAAUGGAGGUCAGGUUGUUAUCCAGGACAGCAAGCUGCUCCUUCGAAAGACGCCCCUGGAUGGAACUGUACUGGUGGUUGAGGGCGAAGCUGGAGUUCAGAGAGAGGUAAUUAGACACCACCUUAUCAAGGGUAAUGUCAGGAAUGAUUCCACCAGCCUGACCAACCAUGUAGAUGCCAUCAAUCAUUUCAGGAGACGGACUGCAGGAAUUGUUCCCCAUGCUGAAGAUCCUACAGCAGAUCUCAGUCCCAGAGGUGCAGCGAGCAUUUGAUUGUGAGCCGUUUCAAAGUACACGUUCAGACUCGUCCAAAACCAACAACGGCCCAAGGUUCAUGUUAAAUAUUAGCUUUUAUUAAAGUGACUCUUCUGUGAAAAGUUGGGAAAUUGAUCAGUAUCUCCCCCCCGAAAGAUAGAAGAUCUGGGAUCCAUACAAAAAAAAAAAAAAAAAUGUUAUCUACAAUUAUUUCCUACACUCAUGCAAAUGUAAUCUUCUGGCACUACUUUCUCUCUGGGUGAGAUGGAACACCAGAAUUGUAGAUGUGAUGAGCCGUAUAUAUAUAAAAAGUGUUAUAUCGAUCCACUCAAUCGCUUUCUCUCUCCAACCAGAAAGACGGCAUGAACUUCUCAAUGCUGAAGUGACCAUGGUAAAUCCACAGCGAGGUGUGUAAAUCCUCGGGAUGUUCUUCACCUCCACAUGGUGCACAAGCAUCCUGAAACACCUCCAGAUGGGUUAUUACUUACAUACAGGCAGCUUGAGGAUGUGCAAUAGAACAUUUACAGACCUGCUCUGCAUAAUCUUCAACCUUCCAUUGUGCACGUGUUCAGAGGUGUUGUGAUGGUAGCUACUGAGGGUCAUCAUGAACCAUCUGUUCAUUUUCUAUGAGCAAAACAUUGCAAAAUCUGCGUAGUUUAUUGACUCGUUCAUCCUGAGUCUCCUGGUCCGAGUCGUUCUUUCGUCUCCUCCAAAAACGCUACACAAUUGUUAUUAAUUUUUUAGGUCUCGACAUUGUAACAUUAAUUAUGUGAUUCACGUGACAGAAGAACAAACAAUUGACUAGAAGAUGAGAGAGAAAGCUGCUCAUUGUGUCAUGAUGUCAUUACUGGAACUGUAGUUAAAGUUGGUGUGUGUGUAGACGUGUUGGGGAUCUGCUUACUGAAAAGAUCACAUUUUAUUUCUAAGAACGAGAUCCAACAAAUCACUAAAAUACUAAACUUUAUAAAUUGAAAUCAACACGACCGGUACUCGGUGUGAACCUGCGCAAGAACGAAGAAAACCACCAGUGAGUCCAACACAUGAUUUAAUACAAAGCAUCGACUGGGCUGGCCAACAAGUAUAACAACAUUACAAAAAAUAGAUAUAAAAGUAUUUUUACAGUCAGCACAGACCCAAAAAAACAACAAAUAAACACUACGAUCCUCGCGGAUGUGAAAAAAUGAAGGAAGAAGAACAUCACUAUUGCAUAUAAAUAUACAAACCCGGACUUCCAGUUCUUCUGGAGCAGAUGUGGACACAAUCAACAGAAAGCAGAAGCAACCGAGCUCGGGGUUAAUUAAGGAGGUUCAGGUGCUACACCACUAGUCAGGAAAGAACAAAUCAUUUUCCAAAUCACAAUAUAGAGUAAGUGUUCAUUAUAAUUAUUAAUCCAACAAAAGACUUUUGACUGAAUCACCGCCAAAUUUACGUUAAAAAAGGAAAGAAAAAUCCCAGGCUUGGAUGCAUCAGGAGACACGUAUUGCACCGAACACCAUGCGAGCGUUUGUUGUGUGCUCACGAUAAAGUACAUGCAGCAUGCAGUUAUUUCAGGGUCUCGAAAAUAAACCCGACAUCAAUUUACCGUCAAACAUGGAAUGCGUUACAGGUUCAAGUAGCACCAAGAGAGUAGCAAGGAUGCAGUUACGCACUUCAAGACGCUCCAAUCAACAGGAGGGUUUCUUUUUUCUUUAUUAAAAUAAAA